AUGGCCGGCCGUGCUGAGCGCUGGGACCGCGACCGCUUCAUGCAAGAACGGGAGCGAGACCGCUAUCCAGAUGAUCGUCGCUAUCCCGACGAACGAAGCAGAUUCGAGGAAAGAAGCCGCUUCGAGGAACGUGAUGACUAUCGCCCACCGCCUCGCCGCGGCAGAGAUCAUUCCGAUGAGCGCUUCGACCGUGGCCCAUUUGACCGCGGACAUCGCGGCGGAUACGAAGAGGAUGUUGUAAGAGACCGCCGCUACGUCGAAGAAGACCGUUAUGGUCCUCGUCGCGGAGAACCUUUGGACCGGGAGUUUGAUCGUCGUCUUUUCUUCGAAAGAGAGCAACGAGAAGUACGUGAAGCCUCGCCACCACGCCGCCCGACCAUGCUCCGUCGUCAGUCUUCCCUCGACACCUUUGACCGUCGCCCCCUCCGCUUUUAUGAGCGUGAGGAAUAUCCCCCGCCAGCCCGCCGAGAAGAUGUUCGCCCUCGCGACGAUUACCGGGCCCCUCCAUACGUUCCAAUCCCUCUGCCCCGCACCCGCCAGCUGGGCCCCGCACCAUCUCAACGAUACGACGAGAUCCAGAUCGCCGAACCAGGCUACUACGGCGACGAGGAGUUCCGCGGCAUGCCUGAGCGGGUGAAGGAGCGUGAGGUCGUUACUUCACGCCGGCGUAGAGACCGCAGCCGAGAGUCUAGGGUGUCAAGGUCAACCAGAAAGAGUUCGCACCGAAGCAGCUCACGAUCAAGCAGCACCUCCAGCAGGUCGACCAGCACUACCACCAAGACCGCGACGACUGUUCGCAGCUCCUACCCGAAGAAGGGCAAGACCCGCAUCCCACAGCGCCUGGGUAACACCAUCAUUGUUCUUAAGGCUCUCGGCCAGGACAACAUCGAUGAACUCCUGAAGCUCAGCGAGGAGUACAAGCAGAGUGAAUUGGAGAUUGCCGCAGCUCGAUCAUCGGCUGGCAAGCAUGAAGAACGACACGAGGAGAUUUACACCAUCCCUCCGCCGGUUGCUGCCCUUCCUCCGCCGCCUCCGACUGUCAUCCAUGUCCCUCCUCCUCCACCGGCACCUGCUUCAGUGGCGCCGCCUCCCGCGCCCCCAACCGUCGUUUCUGCUCACCCUCCUGCUCCCCCAUCCGUCUACUAUGAGGCGCCUCCUCCGCCACCUCCCGCUCCCGUUCACGAGGUGGUCAACAAGACUACCAUCAUCCGCGAUGUCUCUCCUGCUCGCAGCUCCACAUCCUACACAACAUCGACGACCGCAACACCAGUCGUAUACGAGCGCCGCGAGUACAGCGAAGAGGUCCCUAUCGGACCCAUGGCGGUCGCUGAGCGUCGCCGUAGCCGGUCUCGGUCUCGCAAGAAUAUCAGAUCCGAGAUCAAGGCUCUUGAGGCUGAGCUUCACGAGCGCAAGCACGGAAGGAGCCGUGAACUCGUCCGUGCUGAACAGAUGCCCGAUGGCGCUGUAGUCCUCUUCGAGGAGAAGGUCGAGAAGGUCGAGGAGCCGCGGCGUGGAGUGCGGAUUGAGAAGGACAAGAAAGGUCCUCCUCCUGGAAUCAUGCGCGCUAUGCUGGCAACUCUCACAUAA